AUGUACACCAAGAAAAAAACACAAUGGCUCUUCUGGCGGUCACUACGACCAGCCAGGGCGAGCCCAACCCAACCCCGCCAUCCCAUCCCAUCCUGUCAGCCCGCUCUCAGGCGGUACAGGCUAAGGAAAGUACUGGUAAUAGGGACUUGGAAAACGGUCAGGUGA